GACAGAAGCAGGAGUGCGCAGGCGCAGUCCGCAAGGCGUUGCGUUGCGAAGCCUCGGGCGAUUCCAGGAAAGGAAUUUGUUGACCCCACUGAGGACCUUGAACGCUCUUGUGCAUCCUCAGUCUCAGUCUCAUGCCCCUUCGGAAGCAGCUGGGUGACUGGAGGUGGGUGUGCGGCGGGGUAUAGGAGGCCGCCCGGACUUCUGGGUUUGUGGGCGGGACACUGCAUCACGUGUCCAAAUGGGGCGUGACCACACGUGACCCGAGGCGCAAGUGGAGCUGGGUAAUCUCAUGCGACUGGCCGGGCACCUUCAGGCGUGGGCAGAGUGACGCGGCGGCGUUGUGCGCAGCGGGGGUGUCCGGGCACCCAGGGGCUGACUGGCGCUGCUGGCUCGCACGUUGCGGUUGACACUGCGCUCUCGGCUGGCUGUUGGGGACAGGCUGGGACAUUCUGGUUGCGAACGGGAACGUCAGAGAGCUAGCGACAAUCGGAGGAGGCAUACACACCUGUAUAUUGUUACAACAGUGGCAAGUGGUGGGAGAACUCUGAAUAAACAAUUAGAAUGAAAGAACCUUUGGAUGGUGGAUGUGACAAAGUGGUACAACAAGGGCUUCUGGACAGAAUUAAAGAGGAGCCUGAUGAUGCACAGGAAUAUGAACUUGAAGAAAGUGAACUGAAAAUUAGUGCUGUAUUUUCAGCGAAUGACACUUCUCUUGGUUUUCAGCUUGGUCCAUCGUCGUCCAGCUCAAAUUCAUUAGUUUCUUCAAUUCCAACUACUCAUGUGCUCUGUUCUGGUUGUAAAAAACUACUUCAUAAGACAGGAUGUGCUCAGCUUUUCUGUUCCACGGAAUGCAUCACGAGAUACUCAACUGUCUGCCAGUCUCCUCAGCCCAAGAAAACCUGCACACACUGCUCCAAAGACAUUUUAAAUCCAAUGGAUGUGAUCACAAUCAAAUUUGAAAAUUCCUCUUCAUGCAAAGAUUUCUGCAGCCAGUUAUGCCUAUCUUCUUAUGAGCUAAAGAAGCCUAUUGUUACCAUAUAUACCAGUGGCGUUUCAACUAAGUGCAGGAUGUGUCAGAAGGUCACUGAUAACUUGGCCCAGAAGCCACUCUAUUCUUUGGGGAAUUCACUGAGGCCGUCCGCUGAAAUGAACGAGAUUACAAAUGACCCAGGAAGAACAGAGCUUUUCUGCUCUAUUAAUUGCUUAUCUGCUUACAGAAUUAAGAAUGUUAUUUCUUCAGGUCUCCAGAUUUUGUGUCAUAGUUGUAAAGCCGCAGCAGUCCCUCAAUAUCACGUAGCCAUGUCAGAUGGAACUAUUUGCAGUUUCUGUAGCUCCAACUGUGUGUUGGCUUUCCAGAAUGUAUUUAACAAGCCAGAGGGAACAAACUCUUCAUUGGCAGUCAUGUCUCCUGGCCAAGAGGUGACCAGCACAGCCUUGCAGUCUGCAGCGUCAGCAGGAAAAGGGGCCCCCGUCUCCUCGUUCAGUAGCCCCAUCAGCAAGCCUGCUGCAGCUGCUCUGGAGACUCUUGCUAAACAGUCCCAGCAGAUCGCUUUGACCAAUACGCUGAGACUCAGGUGUGAGCAUUGUAGCCAUCUUUUUGCCACAAAACCAGAACUGCUUUUCUACAAGGGCAGAAUGUUUCUGUUUUGUGGCGAGGCUUGCUCUGAUGAAUACAAAAGGAAAAAUAAAGUUAUGGCAUUGUGCGACUACUGUAAGAUCUAUAAAAUCAUAAAGGACACUGUGCGGUUCUCAGGGGUUGACAAGCCAUUCUGUAGUGAAGUUUGCAAGUCCCUCUCUGCUCAAAACUUUGGAGAAAGAUGGACAAACUACUGUAAGAUGUGCAGGUACUGUUUCCAGACAUCUGCGAAUUUUGUGGAAAAUCGACUGGAAGGCAAGCUCCAGGUUUUCUGUUGUGAAGAAUGCAUGUCCAAGUUCACAGCUCUGUUUUAUCAGAUAGCCAGGUGUGAUGCUUGUAAACGUCAGGGUAAGCUAAGUGAAUCCUUGAAAUGGCGAGGCAACGUCAAAUACUUCUGUAACCUGUUUUGUGUCUUGAAGUUUUGCCAUCAGUAUAGUACCAAUGACCCAGUUCACAAAAAAGUAAUUGUGCUCCCAAAGUCAGUAUCAGUAAUUAUUCCUAAGACACAAACUGCUUUGACGACACUCCCUCCUCCAAGAAUUGUUACAACACCAGUUAUAACCAGUGUGAUAUCGUUGGCAAAAAUACCUGCUCUCCAGCCCACCAGGAACACUAACAGUGUUUUAACAGGUGCAGGUCCUAAAGAGGCAGGAGAGAUCAUUGGAAAUGGAAGUACACUGGCAGCUGCUGAGAGACUCCAGUCUUUGCAGCCUCCUAAGCUUCAGAAGAACAAAGGCAUAUUGUGCAGACCAGCAACCCAGACCAAGGCCACCUCUUGCAGACCUCAUACCCACCAUGUUGCAUGCCAGACAGAUUUACCUCUGCCAAAUGGAAACAAUGAAGAACCUGAUUCUCCACCUGCAAAGAAAAAAAGAAUGGGCUUUUUCCAGACUUAUGAUGCAGAAUAUAUCAAAUUUGGUUUUAUUAUCUGUUCUGGAUCAAAGGAAAGUUCACCAAGAGCACAGUGUGUCAUUUGUGGAGAGGUCUUACCUAGAGAAAGUGUGGUGCCAGUAAGUCUCUCUAACCAUUUGAAGGCAAAGCAUUCGGAGUUAGAGAACAAGCCAGUAGACUUUUUUGAGGAAAAGUCACUUGAAAUGGAAUGUCAAAACAGUUCUUUAAAAAGGUGUUUACUAGUUGAAGAGUCACUUGUGAAAGCUUCUUAUUUAAUUGCUUUCCAAAUUGCUGCCAGGAAGAAGCCGUUCUCAAUUGCUGAAGAAUUAAUUAAACCGUAUUUAGUAGAAAUGUGUUCAGAUGUUUUGGGUUCAAGUGCUGGGGACAAAAUGAAAAGCAUCCCUCUUUCUGAUAACACAAUUGGGUGCAGGAUCAACAGACUGUCUGCAGACAUUGAAGACCAGCUGAUUCAGAAGGUCAGAGACUCCAAGUGGUUUGCCCUUCAGAUAGACGAGUCAUCGGAGACCUCAGAUGUUGUUACUCUUCUUCUGUGCUAUGUUCGCUUUAUCGAUUAUGACUGUGGUGAUGUGAAAGAAGAAUUACUGUUUUGUACUGAGAUGUCUUCUCUGGGCACAGAUCUGGAAGUGUUUGAACUAAUAAAUAAAUAUAUUGAUAGUAGAUCUCUGAAUUGGAAACAUUGUGUUGGUCUCUGUACUGAUGGGGCCACAAGCAUGACUGGUAGAUGGUCUCGUUUAAAGUCAAAAAUUCAAGAAAUUGCCAAGAGUACAGUGACAUUCACACAUUGUUUUAUUCACCGUGAGCACUUAGCAGCUGAAAAACUAUCUCCAUGCUUACAUGAAAUUCUUUUGCAGUCAGCACAAAUUUUAAGCUUUGUAAAGAACAGUGCCUCAGAUUCACAAAUGUUGACAGUUUUGUGUGAAGAGACGGGAUCAGAGCAUGUGAAUUUACCACUUAAUGCUGAAGUUCAUUGGCUGUCGAGAGGGAGAAUUUUAACAAGAUUAUUUGAAAUGAGACAUGAAAUUGAAAUACUUUUAAAUCAAAAGCACUCAGAUUUGGCCAGGUAUUUCCAUGACAAGGAAUGGGUUGCAAAGCUAGCUUAUUUAGCAGAUAUGUUUUCACUUAUAAAUAAAGUAAAUUCUGGUCUCCAAGGGACCAUGGCUACUCUUUUCAAUUUGUAUAAUAAAGUUGAUAUAUUUAAGAAGAAGCUAAAAACAUGGUUGAGGCGCACACAAGAGAGUGAUUAUGAUAUGUUCCCUUUAUUUUCUGAGUUCUUAGACUCAUCAGAUGUAAGUGUGAGAAGCAUCACUAGCAUUAUUGUUGAACACCUAGAAGGACUUUGUCAGAUUUUCCAUGACUGUUACCCACCAGAAGAGGACUUGCGUUUGGGAAAUCUGUGGCUCAUUGAUCCCUUUGCCAGUCACCAGAAUAACAACCUCACCGACUCUGAAGAAGAAAAACUAGCAGCAUUGUCUUCAGAUCCGAGCUUACAGUCAGCUUACAGAUCAAUGUCUGUAACUCAGUUUUGGGUAAGCGCAAAGACAAGUCACCCAGAACUCCAUGAGAAGGCUGUGAAACUCUUGCUACCCUUUCCCACCGUCUGUUUGUGUGAUGCCACCUUCUCAGCCUUGUCUGCAUCGAAACAAAGAAACCUGCUGGCUUUUGGUCCUGCUCUGAGACUUGCAGUCACAUCACUAAUUCCAAGGAUAGAAAAGUUAGUAAAGGAGAAAGAGUAGUAUCCAUCUUGCUUAUUGUCAGAGUCUUUAAUUUUGUGUUAAAUUUUGUAUAAGUAUCCUAAAAUACAUUUGCUAAUGUAUUUGUAUUUUCAGUGAUUAAAUGUUUUAAUAAUUUU